AUGAGCUUGUGGAAACGGAUCCAGCGGAUUGGCAUGAAAGCUGCCAAAUUCCAGUUCACCGUUUCAUUGGAGGAAUUAACAGUAAAUUUUGAAAAGGGCUACCGUCCUAUGGGAGUGGUAGUUGUUUUUACUCGCAGAGGCAGGCGAUGCACAUCAAAAGCGGUAGAUUUGCGUAAAUCGGAAACAAACGAGUCCUCCUUGUCAUUUACUUGGACUUUACCAGACAACUUGGAGGUUAUAACAACACUUUACCGUAAUGAGAAUAGCAUUGCCUUUGAUGACAAGGAAUGGACAUUCCAAGUAGAGGAUGUUGGUGUAUCUGCGGAGGACUUUAAGGAAUUACAUCCAAAUGCUACAACCCGGCGUCGAGUCUUGGCCACUCGUAAUCUUAAUCUGGCCGAAUUCGCCUCCGCCCUUCCCACUCAGAACAAUCUCAAGGUCAACUUGCGUGCAGCCUCCAAAAAGGUCUCCUCUGCCACUCUCUUCUUCACUCUUCAUGGACUCAUGCUUCGAUCUGGGGAAGCUACGUGA